AUGACUACUUAUUGUCCUACAUGCAACGUGGAGUAUUCUGUUUUGGAGAGAAAAACUCACCUUCGAUCAGAUUGGCACGUCUAUAAUCUGAAGCGUGUUGUUGCAAGUCUACCUCCACUAUCGGCAGCCGAGUUUUCAAAAAAACAAGCACUUUUUGCAUCAACCGCUAGUGGUGUUGAUCUACCGCAAGUCAGUAAGUUCGCCUUUGAGGCUCAGUUAAAAGCUGUGAGAUCGGAACUUCCUCCUGAAAGGACUGCAGAUAGUAAGACUUCAGAUACAGACCAUGAAGAAUCCGACUCCGAUUCCUCUUUCCGGCAGCCCCUACCAAUUGGUGCCUGCCUUUUCUGCGACCGUUCCUUUGCAGGUUGUGCGGAAGCUGUUGAUCGCGUCCUUCGCCACAUGUCAGAUGCCCACGGCUUCACUCUGCCUCAUGCUGACAAGUUAAUUAAUCCGGGUGGCCUUCUUGCUGACCUGGGACGCUUAGUUGGCGUGGAAUUCGCUUGUAUAGGCUGUGGCCGACAGUUUUCUGGACGAACUUAUGGUGACAUGUCGUUGCAGCCAUCGGAGCUCAGGCGGCAAAAUUUAGCCGCGGUGAGAGCGCACAUGAGAGACGCCAACCACACCUUUCUCUAUACGGGAACAAAUGAUCCCGUGCAAGUAAUGCUAGCGAUUGCGGAGACCGAUUCGGAGGGGUCGAGAAGAGCGGAAUCAUUGCCUCCAGUCGCUCGAGUUGGUGGUGAAUUUUACAGCCAGUUUUACGUGCCCGAGAGGGAGAACAAGACGCUUGUUUUGCCAGAUGAUCCUGAUGACAUGGCGUAUGAGGUCCGCCUGCCAGCAGGAGGGGUUCUCGGCCAUCGGAAACACUAUCUUACGGUCUACCGCCAAAAUCUUGCUUCUGGCCUAAUCGAAGAAGCAAAGAGGCGCCAGCAAUUGCAAAUGGCAACUCUCACUCACGGUGGCACGUUGAACAUUGCUUCUCGACGUGGAACUGGAUUGGCCAUCGCUUCCUCUUCCACCGCUGAUCCUAACGGUGGGCGGAUCUCCCGAGUUGAUGCUCAUCGACAGGCUGCAACUAAGUCCAUUCUCGACAAAUAUGACCUCGAUCUGGGGACUCGGGGCAACUAUGUUCUGCGUGGUCAUCUGCGACGGCAAUACUAA